UCUUAUACUCCAAUAAUUGUCGACAACCACAAAGGAUGCUUGCGGACAAAGUAGCUGCAGCUGGAUUUUAUACCGUAGUUCCAGAUUUCUUUCGUGGAGAUCCAUUCAAAGAUGGGGACUCUCUGCAGAUUUGGUUUAAACAUCAUGGAUAUGAUCAAGGCUUUAAAGAUGCAAAAGCCAUUGUCAAAGCUAUAGAAAGAAAUGGCAUAAGCAAGAUUGGAGUUGCAGGUUUUUGUUGGGGAGGUAAGGUCAACGUGGAACUCAUGGAGCGUGCCUAUAUCGAAGCCGGGGUACUACUGCAUCCUUCAAAUGUAACUGUACCAGAUAUUCGGGGAGUUAGGGUUCCAAUUUCAAUUCUUGGAGCUGGGAUUGACGAGGUUACUCCACCAGAGCUUGUGAGAAAAUUUGAAGCUGUCUUAAAGAAAAAGCCCGAGGUUGAUAGCUUUGUGAAGAUAUUUCCCGGAGUUCAACAUGGGUGGACUACAAGGUACAACGAUGACGAUAAAUUAGCUGUGAAGAGAGCAGAAGAGGCUCACAAUGCCAUGUUGCAUUGGUUUAUUAAGCAUCUCAAAUAAAUCCAUCCGCAAACUUUCUUACUUCAUUUAUUUAAAUAAGUUUUCCAACUCGUUGGAAAACGAAAAAAACACAUUGUCAAAUGAAUAAUUUGUCUUGAUCAAACUCAUUGCAACCUAAGUU